AUGUUUGUAAUCAUUGCAGUGAAAAUCGUGUUUAAGUAUAUGUAACUAGGAAUUUAGUUAUAUGCCAAACCCAAUGAUUUUGUCAAAGAUUUCAAUAAACAAUAACGUGUCUGUGAUAACUGUUUUCGAGAUUAUACACAUUAUCAAUAGAUAAUUCAAGAAAAUGGUCUCAAAUGGAACACUAGAUCCUUGUUGUAAUCUAAAUGGAUCGGAAAUCAAGAAAGAUAAAUCAAGAUGGAAAUUUCUAUUUCUGAAAAUGACAAAGAAAUAAUUGGUAAAGAUGUUUUGGCAGGAAGAACUGAUGCAUUUCUAUUUAAUUAUAGUUUAAGAGAGUUUAUAACUUAAUGCUAAUAAGGCUAUGAUCAAUCCUUAAUUAGAGCAUCGAUAAAUAGAGUUUUAUAACUAUUUGUGACUCAUUAUCCCAUCAUUGGAUAUUGUUAAGGAAUGAAUUUCAUAGUAACAGUUCUGUUAUGUUUAUCAGAUGAAGAGGGAGCAUUUCACAUUAUGAAUCACAUUUUCAAAUUUAUUAUACCUCCAAGAUUUUAUUCCAACUCCCAGGGAGCAACUUUAAUUGGUUUUUAAGCAGAGCUCUAUUUUUUGAAGUCUAUUAUAAAAGGAUUGAAUGUAUAAAAUUCUGAGUAACUUUUCAAUUUCUUAGAUGUUUCAGGGCCUCAAAUGUUAUUAACCUUAUUGUUGUAAGUGUUAAACACAAGUUCAUUGUUAAUUACUUGGGAAGCAAUGUUUAAGAGGAAAUCCUUCAUUCCUAUUGAUUAGGCAACCAUUUUUUCAUUACUUUAGGCAGCUAAGUGUUUAGAUAUGAAUCAGUAAGGACUCAUAGAGGAGAUCGGAAAGAUCAUUAAACAUAGUGAUUUAGCUAAAUUAUUAAGUAAAGAAAAUGCGUACUUUCCACCAUUUGAGAGAUAAGUUUAAAUAGAAUAAUAUUAUUCAUAAACAAGCCAAUCAUGGGUUGAUGAGGAUAAAUUAAUACUUUUUAGACUUAAAAAAAUCACAAACUUUGAUACUGAAGAGAUACUUCAAAUUUAAAAAGAAUUUAAAAAAUAUUGUUUGGAAUCUGGAAGUUUAUGUAUUAUUAGAAAAGAUCAAAAAGAUGCUAAAUAAUAAGCUAAAUUAACUGAGUCUUCAGAUGGUGAUGAUCUUGAAAUAUAAGCCCUAUUUAUUUAGCAGAUCAAAUCAUAAAAGUAUGGCAUUAAUAAGGAAGCAUUUCUCGGUCUGAUGGAAUAAUUUCACUAGCAUUACACUAAAUAUCAAGUAUUAGAUAGACACAAAUAUGAAUUAGUCUUUAGCUUAUUUGAUGAAAAUAAAUCAGAGUUGCUAGAUUUUAGAGAGUUCUUAACUUGUUUGAGUGUCUUACUAAGAGGAUCCUUUGAAUAAAAACUUAAGAUGUUUUUCACUGCACAUACUGGAUCUAGUUUGAUAGCUUAAGAAUUUCAUACUUUAUUAUCAAUAAUAAUUCCAUAAGAAUUGUAAUAAAAUGAGGAAUAUCAAUAAUUCUUGUAUAGAAUAUAAUUGCCUUAAUAUUCUUAUUAAGAUAUGCUAUUGGUAUCUUAAGAUCCCUUUGUCUUAUAAAAUGAAUAUCAAAGAGAAAAAAGUCAAACAUCAAUCAUGAUUGCUUAAUCAUUUAACCAUAUGAAAAAUCAUUGA